CCAACGAUGUCAACAAAACCACAUGUUUAGUUUCUGAACGGUUCUGAACUCUGGUCUUCUGACAGAGUUGCUAAUUUCUUCGUUGUAUAAUUAAAUGCUCAUAUCUUAUAUAUUUGGAUCUAGUUUGAGCCAUGCCUGCGAAGUCUUCAGAAGGUGCCAGUGGUGCAUCUUUUAGACCCCAGCAGGCAUAUUUAGAUGUCUUCUGGGCUCUAUCUGAUGGCACCGAUGAGCAGAGGAAUGCUGGUGUGUUGAAACUGUCCCAACUGGUUCAGGAUUCAGAGGAAAAUGAAAAGGCCAUGGUUCUCAAGUACUGCAGAGAGCGACUCAUCAGAGGCCUCAGUUCAGGCAGAAAGUUCGCUCGUGUUGGUUUCUCCGUCGCCCUCACACAGCUUCUGAGGACAAACAAAAGUCUGUCGACUGCAGAGAUUUUAAAAACAAUCAAAGAGAAAUUGAAGAUUGCUGGCCAAGAUAAGCGAUCUAAAGCUGAAGUUGGAGGAAUUUACCUUGGCAGAGCUUUUGCCUUCUCUUCUCUCAUCCAGUCUGGGAGACUUGCAGAGAUGAGCAAUGAUGAUCUUGGCACAGUCAUGGAGGAGCUGCUGUCCAUGGCACAGAAAAAGUCUUACUUAAAGCCUGUGUGUAAUAAAACAAUUGGGGACCUUGUACAGCAGAUCUCUGUGGAUACCUUUGGUGAAUCUGUGUGGCCCAAAAUACGGGAAUCUGUGAAAUUGGGUUGGGAGCAGUGCUCUUUAGACAAGCUGUCUUUAUUGCUGGUCUGUCGGGAGAAAUUUCCAGAUGUGGUCAACAAGAAGUUUUUGAAAAAGCACUGGGGCUUUCCAGUUCUGGCAGAGGAAAAUGAUAGCAAGCUCUUACGUGUUAUUUUGGAAACAGUGGCACAGAAAUCUGAAAUAUUGCUGCAAAAGAUCCUUCCCGGUAUGCUGCAGAAUGACCGAAGUGUAUUAUCAGUUUGGCAAGGUUUAGGAGAUCCACUCAUGAACCAGCAGGCCGGGAAGAAGGCAGAGUCAGCGUCUCAACGCAAGCAGCUCGGUAUGAAACUGGCUAUUGCGCUCAUGAGUUGUACAACAGAUGCUGAUCAGGUCCUGGAACUUAUGCUGUGUCCCAGUUUAGCCUUUGCAAUUUUCCAUGGCAUUACCCAGAAAAAUGACCCACUGGCCAUAGCAGCAAAUUCUUUGUUUGAACAGUUUCAAGUGAAAGUGAAGGCUGAGAAGAUCAAUGUCCAGACACUGGUGGUCAAGUUGUGGAAACUGUCGGCUGAUCAGUUGGAAAAACAACCUGGCCGUGUGGACAUCAUCAACUCUCACAAUUUCACCCGCCUGGUGGAUUUGAUGGAGAAAGAAGAGGCUGCUAAAUUUGCUGAGACUCUCACUGGCGUUGUGAAAGGAGCAAACAAGUCGAUAAAGUUAUCCUCAAAUGACAAAGACAAGGGGAAACAAAUGGAGAGCUGUCUACGGUGUUUACACCACGCCCUCAGCUCACCGAGUAUCACCUCUCCUGCCUUGCAGAAGUCGGCACUCACUCUCUAUGUCCGUCUUGCCUUUUUCCAUGUCAACAAGAAGAACUCAAGCAUUCAACAUUGUGAGACCACCAUGAAUCUGGAAGAGGGAAAGUCAGAUCAGAAACUUUGCAAGACAUUCUUCUACAAGGGCUUGGAUCAGUUGUCCACAAUGGGUGGCGGAUCACAGAAAAGAGCUGAACAUCUGCAGGAGUACAUUUCUUUGCUUCUUCAUCUAUCGCAGUAUUUACAGGCACUAAUGAAGGCUGACAAUGUUGCACCAAUAAAGCCAUGGCCAGAGCAGCUGACAGAAGAGUGGGACAAGGUGUACAACUUGGUCACCAAGAUACAGAAGAAGAGCAAUGGUGAACCAUCAGCCAGUGACUCAGCAUUCCUGCUCCUCUUCCUCUUUUUGGGUUUCCACAUGCUCAGUGACUUCCAAACAGCUUCCGAUUUACUUCAGGAAGUCUAUGUGUGCUAUGAAAAAUCAAGCAAAAAGAAACAAGCAAAGGGAUCUGGAGAUGAGACAGAGCUCCCGUGGCAGGAAGUGGUCACAGAAGUCCUCCUCAACCUGAUGUCCUUACAGUCCCACCUGGGUCGCGUUGUGGCUUGUGUGGUCUUGCAGUCCAUGUCCUCCCAUCUCACGGUGGGAGCCGUGCAGCUCAUUACAGAAGUUCUUAUUCCUAAGGCAGGGAGGGGCGAUGAUGCUGGGGGAGUGCUUGUGGAGGCUGAGGACGGGGAAGAUGAGGAUGACGAUGAUCUUCUUGAUGAGGAUGUGCCUGGUGAGGAAAGUGAAGACGAUGAUGGAGACAAUGAAGAUGAUGAGUCUGAGGAGGAAGAGGAAGGAGAGGAUGAUGAAGAGGAGGAAAUGCAGGUUGACGAACAAUUCAGAGCAUCUGUCAAGGAAGCACUCGGUGCUGCUGCUGUUAAGGAAGAUGAUGAUGAGAAGGAGGAUGACGAUGACGAGUUGUCUGAUAUGAGUGACUCGGAGAUGUUCGAGUUGGAUGACAUGCUGGCUGAAGUGUUUCGGCAAAAGAAGAAAGCUAGUGCUGGGAAGAAAAGUCGAGAGGAGAAAAAGAAGGAAACGGCUAACUUCAGGAUCAGGGUGUUGGAUCUGGUGGAGGUUUUGGUCAAAAGUGAGAGGUGUGGAGACUUUGUUACGGAACUGCUAAGGCCUCUACUGCUGCUUAUCCUGAAGGCUGACGCCAAGGAAAACCAGGCUGUGGUAGACAAGUCAAAGUCACUCUUCCGUCUGCUCAAAUCUAAGGCCAAGGGACUGACAGACACUGUGCACACUGCAGAUGAACAGAAAGAUUUCUUUCAAGAAUUACUGGACCUGGCUCAGACUGUGACAGAAGCAUCACAUGUUCAAGAUAUUUCCCUGGCUUGUCACAUUGUGAUGAACUUGAAUUGUGUUCAAGCCAAGAAUUCCGGUAAGAAGUGCAUGAAGUUGCUGGAGGAAACCGUGAAGAAUGUCAUCACUAAAGGAAAAUCCAAACAGCACCUGUCUUUCUUUUCACACUUGAUAGACAAUGAUGUGGCUCGGUACCAGUUUAUGUGCCCCAUGAUGGUCGCAUCUUUGAAAGAUUCAUCCAUCAAGCUUCAUGGCAAGGUGAUUUGCUAUUCUCUGCUGUCCAGUUUGAUGAAGAAAACACAAAAGCAUGUCCCAGAGACAGAUGAAGGCAGUACAAGUGCUUGGAUGAAUGAGGUGGCUGCAGUGGUGUCCGAGUCCAUAAGGAGUCUGAGAGCUGAUGACCUGAAGGUUAUGUACACCAAGGAGCUGCUCAACGUGGCUGUAGCACUACAAAGCAGGCCCGACGUGCUCACACAGCCUCCCUUCGGUCUAGAGGAGUUGCAGCAGCUGACUGGCCUCAAGUCCAAACUGAACACUGACCUACGCAGACUGGCCACAAAGGUUAUUGCUGGUAUAGAAAGGAGCCAGGGCAAAGCCGAUGGGUCAAAUACCAAAGGGCAAGGAAAGAAGAAAAAGAAGGGUAAAGGAAAGGCUGGAGAAAAUGGACAGGCUCAAGUGAAUGGACAAAAACAGACACCAGAGAGCAAUUCAGGAAAGAAAAAGAAGAGAAAGCAGCCAGAGACUGACGCCAAUGAGCAAGGAGAAAUGCCUACAAAAAAGAAAGCAAAAAAGAAUUAAGUUAUAGUAGGCUGUAUUUUUUGGUUAAUAAAAGUGAUUGUGGGUGACGAAUUACAUCAGAAAGUGUUCUUGCCACUUUGUAAUCACAGUAAG